GUCUCCAAUACAUGUGAAUCUUUCUCGAAAUGGAUCCAACCCCCUCUGUUCCAUCUCCACAACUCUUUUCUCUCGCAGGCCAGAAUGUCCUCAUUACUGGAGCUACCAGAGGCAUAGGUGCUGCCUGUGCACUGGCUUUAGCUCAAGCGGGUGCCUCAAUAUGUGUUGUUCAACGGCAUCCCUCUCCGGAUACAGAGCCAAAUAUGGACACAGUGAAUGCCAUUCGUGCGUCGGGCGCGAACGCGCAAGUCGUUCAUUGCGACUUGGGCGACUUGAAUUCUGUCAGGGAACUGUUCCCCAAGGCAUUAGAGCUCAUGGGCGGCAAUAUUCAUAUCCUGGUCAAUUGUGCUGGAAUACAGCGGAGAUCGCCGUGUGUCGAUUUCUCGGAGAAGGACUGGGAUGAUGUUCUCGAUGUGAACCUCAAAUCUGUGUGGCUUUUAUCCCAAGCAGCGGGCCAGCAUAUGGUUCCGCUUAGGAGGGGAAAAAUUAUAAAUUUCUGUUCCCUGCUGACAUUCCAAGGCGGCUUGACCGUCCCGGCUUACGCCGCCGCCAAGGGCGCGCUCGGCCAACUGACCAAGGCUCUCAGUAAUGAAUGGAGCCAGCAUAACGUCCAAGUAAACGGCAUUUGCCCAGGGUAUAUCGCCACAGAUAUGAACGAAAGGCUACUAGCGGACCCCACACGUUUCAGACAGAUAUCGGAGCGGAUACCCGCGGGGAGGUGGGGUAGUCCUGAAGACUUUGCUGGUCCGGCUGUGUUCCUUGCCAGCAGCGCAAGUCAAUAUGUCUGCGGCGAAUUGUUGGUUGUCGAUGGUGGCUGGAUGGGUCGUUAGAACAGAGACCGCCGCCACCGCCGCCGUUCUCACGACGAGAAGUUGUAAAAUCUAUGUACAUAUCUGAGAAGCACCUGCAAUAUGCAUCAUAGGGCCAAUUGCGUUAAGGCA